AUGGAUGCAAUAGAUGCAAAUGAAUACUUGAUACAAUUUUUGGGAAGCAUUGAUAAUCUUCCAUCUGAAAUACGUCAUCAUUUUAGUGAAAUGUCAAAUAGAGAACAAGAAAUUGAUGAUUUAUUGAAAGGGAUUGAACGUCGUAAAAAAAGAUUAUGGUGUUUAUAUGACGGAGGAUCAUUUGAUAGUGAUUGUUCUGUAGUUGAAAAUGAAGAUAACAACAAAAUCGCAGAAAUAAAUUCAAAAAAGAAAAAACAUCAAGUUGUUAAAGUUAUAACAGAGUUUGAAGACGAAGAAAUGUUAAAAGAAAAGGUUAUGAAUGAUUACAUAAGAGUAUCACAAUUGCAAGAUGAAAAAAUUGAAAUUACAGAUAAAGCUUUGGCAUUAGUUGAAAGAUAUAUUAAACAUUUUGAUGAAGAUCUUGAUAGCUUAUUUCCUCAACAUAAUCUUCGUGAUUGUUUAUCAAAUUUUGAAUCAACAUUUGAAUCAUUAAACACAUCUCCUCAACAUGUAAAUAUAAUAUCAUUGUCAUCUCAAGUAGAUAAUAAAACAAUUGUUCAGCCAUCAAAUACAAGUAUAAAAUCAACAACAUCAACAAUUGCUUCUUUUCCUACAACAUCAUUUUUGUCAUCAUCAAUAUCUAGACACUCUAACAUUAAUACUUAUGACUAUAAUAAUGGAAUAUAUUAUCCUUCCAUGAAAUCAGAAGAAGGAGAAUUUUCAUUACCAUUAUUACCAAAUCCCUCUAGCUCUACAGCACAAAUUGGCAGAGGGUUAAAUCGAAGGAAUUUGUCUAUGUCACCUAAUCAACCAUUACCACGACGUAGAAGGCAAAUCUUUCCACAAUUUAUUAAAAUACAAUGUUCUGAUGGUGAUAAAAAUCAUUUUCAUCAUUUAAAUUCAACAGGAUCAUCUUCAAUGAUUUCUCCUGAUAGAAACAUUAAUCUUAAUAGUCUCAACCCCAAUUCCAAUAUUAAUAAUAGUAAUAUUUUUAAUAUCAUCAAUAACAAUAAUUUAAAUUUACAAACAUAUGAUUCUUCGUUUAUUUCUGAUGGCAACACAUUUUCAUCAAAUUAUAUACAAACUGUUGACCCUAAUGAACCUGUAUAUUGUAUUUGUCGACAAGUUAGCUUUGGUGAAAUGAUUGGAUGUGAUGGUGAAAAUUGUCCUAUUGAAUGGUUUCAUUUGGAUUGUGUUGAUCUUAAAGCAGUACCAGAAGGAAGAUGGUAUUGUGAACAUUGUAUGAGUACAAUGAAUCAAGUAAAAAAACGAAAAAGAGGUCGACCUAUUGGAUCAUGA